CCCAAAGCCUCGGGCCGUUCAGUCAACAUCGCGCAAGCGUAGACGCCGCAUCUCGUGCGAGUUUUGAACUGUGUUAAAGGAUUUCUAUGUCUAUUUGAAUAUAAAUAAAAAUUCAAUCGAAAAAUAAAUCGUGAAGAAUCGUCAAUCGAGGAUAGUCAUGCAGUUUUUGACCUUACCGGGAAUCAUACUGGUGCUAUGUCUGAGGGACACUACAGCCUCACCGGUCCAGGCUGGCUUGAAACUCGGAGAUGAGUGUAACAGGGAUAGAGAUUGCGAAGCUAGUAUAAGUAGCAGCCAUUGCUACUUAGGAUAUUGCCGAUGUCAGCCAUUCUUCGCCGAAUAUAAUGGCACAAAGUGUCUUGAGUCUUCUCUAUUGGGUUACGAUUGUCUGGUGGCGGGACAGUGCUCUAUGAAAGUUGCAAAUAGCAGCUGCCUUGCUGGGGUUUGCAGAUGCGAGGAAGGAUACCUGCAGUUUCGACGACACACUUGUCUAGGACCUGCCAAACCUGGUCAAGUGUGCUAUAGUCAUGCACACUGUCGUCUCUGGGAUAGCGACACGUACUGCGACUUCUUGAUACCGGAUCUAUUUGGAAGAUGUCAGUGUACUGCACCGAUGCGUCGGGACGGCGACGUCUGUCGUCGAGAUGCCUUGGUACGACCUCCGCAACGUCCUGUCGUUCAGGUAGCUGGCGAGGAUGAAGAUUCAGGUAAUACGGAUAAUCAGGAAGGUCAACAGGUCACUGAAGAGGACGACGAUGAACAAGAGACUGGAGUACAAUUAUCCUGGUUGAAGAAUGUGACGAGGUUACUAUCGACGGUGACACCAACGCAAUUGGUACCUGUUAUUUUGGUGACCCGCCCUAGUGUCGUGACUGCAGGACCGGAUACCCCGGCACCGAAUGAACUUCCAGAUGAUGACGAUGCUAUAGUUGUCGAAGCUGAGAUUACAGAAUUAAUUCAAACGACCUCGACGACCACGUCAGCCCCAAUCAAGACUGACAGACACGAACCUAGUACGCUGUCAGCUGUGAGUUUGGGUCUGGCUUGUACGUCGGACAUGGAAUGCAAAAUGGCGGAUCCAUACUCGCGUUGUUCGGACGGCGUCUGCGAUUGUAUGUCCCAUGAGAACGGGACUUUAUCCUGUGGCGCCAAAAGACCUGGUUGUACUCGAGGUACCUUCCAAUGCCGCAGCUCGGGCACCUGCAUCAGCUGGUUCUUUGUCUGCGAUGGACGACCUGACUGCAGCGACGGUUCCGACGAGGAGUGUACCCUGGCACGUUGUCCAGCUCAAGCCUUCCGAUGUAAACGUAGUGGAUUAUGCGUUUCCAGGGCAGGUCUCUGCGACGGGAACCGGGAUUGCCCAGACGGAGAAGACGAAGAUAGCUGCAAUGGUCGCAGAAAGUGUCCUGAGGGAGCCUUCCGCUGUAACAAUGGCCAAUGUCUACCGGCUUAUGAAUUCUGCAAUGCCGUCAUAUCCUGUAGAGAUGGCAGUGAUGAGCCACGAGGAGCGUGUCGAACUAGGAAUCGCGGUCGUCUAACACCCAGGCUUUGUCCAUUCCGAUGCGGAAAUGGCAGAUGCAGAUCCGAUGCAAUAGCAUGCAGUGGACGUGAUGGAUGCGGGGAUGGAUCUGACGAGAAAAAUUGUUCUGUGUGCAGAUGUCCUGUCACAGUGUAGAGAGAUAAGGACUAAAUGAAACCAUGGAAAACGGAUGAAGCGUCCCAGAUGAAUAAAGACCCGGCUUUUGGAUGGAUUCACCAGGAAAAUAUUCUUCGUGCGUGAGCAAAGACUGGCGUGCACGUUAAAAGUUUUAGAGUCUUGUUAAAACUUAAUGCGUAGGAAUCGUAAAGUUUAUUUUAUAAGCGAAAGAAAAAAUUUUUCAAAGACCUGUCGAAAAAUUUAUUAUAAUCGACUCGACCAUAACUUGUAAUUAAAAGUAGAUAAAAAUUAGUAAUACAUGAUAUAUAGUUAUUUACCGUAUAGUAUAUGAAUAAGGAUAGAGUAGACUGGCGUGUGAAAAUAAUAAUAUUUUUUACAUUGAAUAUUCGUGGAGAAUAUUCUCAUUUGUUUGAAAUACGUGCCAGUAAAGAAGGAGAAAAAUGGGACGAGAGUAUUACUUAUAAUUGGAACGUAUUUAUUUUUUUAAUUAAUAAUAAAAAAAGUCGCGUGUACACAAGUUCCCUAGGAUGUUAAAUUCAGAAUAACGCAUUGAAUAAAUCAUAUUCGAGAAUAACCGUUCCUGAAAAUUAUAAACUUUUAUGUAGUACCGCCAUUACGACCAAGAAGUUUUCACAGUAGAGUCUGACCAGAAUUCUUCGUACUAUUAAUACAUAGUGCCGAUAAGGUACAUAGGACACACUAAUAUAUAGAAUAAACCGUGCAAUAUCAUUUUUCAAUUGCAAUCAAAUCCGCAUAAAUAUAACAAUUUGACGUAGCUGCCACGACAACAUAAUCAUUUCAAAAACAUUAUUAAUCAUUCAUAAUAUGCAGUUAGCAAUAUUAAUUUUUAUCUAGAAUAUUUAUGGGACAGUCUUAUGAAGUAUUUCCUAUUAAAGCGUAGAGCACACAUUUCAAUUGCUCUAUUGUAUAGGACGAAGUUAUAACUGCAAUUUUGUAUAUACAGUGUUAUACACUUUGAAAUUCUUACAUAAGAAUUAAAUGACCAAUGAAAUAAAAUUGCGAAAUCCAA